UACUGGAUAGAUUUGGAUCCACAAAUUCCAAAACUCCCCUUCAAAUAUGAAACUGACUGUUUCCAAUUGCUUCAACUUUUUUCCCGGUUUAGCAGAGCAAAAACCCAUUUGAUUUCUUAAUCAAUCCAAUGGCUACCAUCACUGCCUGCAGUGCUCCUUCCACAUCGUUUGCCCACAAGAGAAUCGUAGCAUCCCCUGCCUCCUCUGUUCUUGGGUUGCCGUCAAUCCCUAAGAAGGGGGUAGUGAGAUGUUCGAUGGAGCAAAUGCCUGCUGCGAAGGAGGCUAUCAGCUCGAAGGCGGGGAUGGGUGCCUCAUUGCUAGCUGCAGCUUGUGCUGCAACCAUGUCGAGCCCGGCCAUGGCUUUGGUAGAUGAGAGAAUGAGCACGGAAGGCAUGGGGCUUCCCCUUGGCUUCAGCAACAACCUUCUGUUUUGGCUCCUUUUGGGCGUGUUCGGAUUGAUCUGGGCGUUCUACGUAAUCUAUACUUCCUCCCUUGAUGAGGAUGAGGAGUCUGGUUUGUCUCUUUGAAUUAGAAAGAAGGGUUUCACUGUCAAUUGGCAUUGUUGUGGAUUUUGUUGAAAACAUGUGGGAUUGCACUCCCUUGUUUGUAAUAACACUAUCUUUAGUUCUGUAUUUGUGUGUGUAAUUCUAAUAUACACUUUACUA